AUGCAAGUCUAUCUAGAUUCUGCAUCCGAUAUUGAGCAUGAUAACAGGAUAGAUCCAAAAAUCCCCUUAAUGACCUCGAAAAUCAUGGAAACACGAUACUACGAGGGAUGUGGACGGCAGGGUCCCAUCCGCUGCAUUUUCCUGGGGGAGUUCCACCCUGUAGCAGGACCCAAAAUAUCCUGUCAGUUUCCCGAUGACUAUGUAUCAAAAGAACUGUUUGAUUCAAUAAGUGCUUACAUCAUUCCAAAACCUCAGAUACAGAAAUGUACAAUGACUAUAAAUGCUCUUGGUCACAAAAUAGUUGGAUAUCCAAUAAGAAUAGAUAAUUCAAGAUAUGAACGCAAUAUGUACCUGUUUAACUUAUGUUUUGUGUGUGAUAGCUGGUCGAAGACUGUGCAAUAUGAACCCGUUGUGAAGAAACUCGGAGAACAUUUAACAAUUAUGGAGGAAGAAACUGGAUUUGUGUCCAGUGGUUCAACAAAGCUGCCAACACUACUCGCCCAUUUAUUACAUGACCUUAACACACAUAGAAAAUCUACUUUGGUUGAAGGCGAUACAGUAAUGCAUUUAAAAGUGCUGGAAGUACGUAAAGACCCAAUAAUUGUGCAUGAUUUUGAUGUCCCAGUAUUAGUAGCAUCUGUAGGCCUUCCGAGGCCGGGCAGGCCUCCUCGAAUAGUGCCACAAGAGGGUUCAGAACAAAUAAGCCAGGAACACUUGGAUGUAGAAGAUGAGGAACCCUUUGAAAUAGAUAUGGAUGCUGAUUGGGAUCUCACUACGAGACAACUUUUACCGCAUAUAAAUGGCUAUAACCAUGUAUCAAAGUUAGCAUCGGACACAAAUGUUGAGAAGACUCUUGUCAAAUCGUGUAUACAAAAUUUAGUGUACUACGGUGUGGUAGUUUUAAUCCCAGUAUUAAAAUUUAGUAAUAUGUAUCGAGCAACGCCGAAUCUUAGCAGAUUAUUCAGUGAUAUUGAAAUGCAGAAAUCAUGUAUCUCAUUCCUAAGCAACGGAUGUGAAAAUAAAGAAAAGCCGGUACUCUCAGAUAUACUGGGAAUACUCUGUUCACUACAGCAAGGUACGACGCUAAGGGCGGUGUGUGAAAGGUUUUUCCCUACGCCCGGUGUGCCCUUCGACGUGCGACGUUUAGUUGUGUUUGCACAAAUACACGGACUUAUUAAAUGUUUAAAAAGGUACCCAGUGUACGUCCGUAGUCCAGUGCGACAUAAUGGUUUCAACCAGCGUGUGGAUUCAGUGUUGGGCAUAAGACGACUUUUCAACGGUAAACAUAACGUUGACGAGAUCUGCUGUCUGGCACGUAUGGACAUGCCUACUCUCGAUCAAAUUAUAGACGAUGAUCCCAAUGUUGCCAUUAUAUGGAGGUAGAUUAUAUAUAUACCUAUAAUUGGUACUCCGGUUCUACUUAUGACUGGAUUUUUAAAACAUUAAAUAUCUUUAAUAUUUAAUAAUCACAAAAAGUAUUAAAAGAGGAA